CUUCUUAUUAGUUUGGCUUGUAUUCUAAUUCCAGUCCUUAGUUCAGCGCCUGUUGAGUCAUCUGUUCUGUUUCCCUGAUCUUCCUUUGUGUUUGCCUGUUCCUGCCAUUGCUGUGAUCCUGCAUUAAUCUUCAACCAUUACACUUCCUGGCUGCCAUCCCCUGCAUUUGGAUCCACCUUCUCUGCUCCAGCAUGACACUUUAAGCCACCGCCAGGACAGCCUUUUUGGCACCAUCAAAAACAGGUGAUUUAGCGCCGCCAGUCUCAAGCAGGUGUCCAACAUGGCGAUCACGGGGAGCGGAUCUCUCGCUAUUUCUCUCUGUGUUUUCGUGAUUUCGGCGGCGUUUCUCCCGAAAGGAGCUGCUGAAACCGUGACAGAAGCUGAAGGUCAGAACCUGGCGACCGACAACAUUUCGGUGAUCGAGGGUGAAAUGGCCACCAUCAGCUGCAGGGUGAAGAACAACGACGACUCCGUCAUCCAGCUGCUCAACCCCAACAGACAAACCAUCUACUUCAAGGACGUGAGACCUCUGAAGGACAGCCGGUUCCAGCUGGUGAAUUUCACUGACAACGAACUGCGGGUGUCUCUGUCCAAUGUGUCACUCUCCGAUGAGGGACGCUAUGUGUGCCAGCUCUACACAGAUCCUCCUCAGGAAGCCUACGCAAACAUCACUGUCCUGGUCCCGCCAGGCAGCCCAAUCAUCGAGAGCCGCGAGGAGGUGGUCAGCGAGGGGAAUGAGACGGAGCUCACCUGCACCGCCAUCGGCAGCAAGCCAGCUGCUUCCAUCAGAUGGAUGAAAGGGGAGGAAGAACUGACAGGUGACGCAGAAGUUGAGGAGACGUAUGACAGGAUGUUUACUGUCACCAGCCGGGUAAGAUUUUCUGUCACCAAAGAGGAUGAUGGAGUGCCAGUGGACUGCAUCAUUGACCACCCAGCUGCAAAGGACCUCCUGGCUCAAAGACACUUGGAAGUGCUAUAUAAACCCGAAGUGAAGAUUGUCGUGACGUAUCCUGAAGGUUUAACCAGAGAGGGCGACAAUCUGGACUUGACGUGUAUCGCGGAAGGAAAGCCCCAUCCCCAUCAGAUCAACUGGCUGAGAGUAGAUGAGGAUGUGCCGCCUCACGCUGUGGUCACCGGCUCUGACCUCUACAUCGAGAACCUCAACAAGUCCUACAACGGCACCUAUCGCUGCGUGGCAUCCAACGCCGUGGGAGAGGCGUACGACGACUACAUCCUCUACGUCUACGAUGCUCCCACUCCUAGCCCCACACCCACCACCAACCCAGCCAACACGCAAGACUCCAGAGCCGGCGAGGGGGCACCGCAGAAAAUUGACCAUGCUGUCAUCGGAGGAGUGGUUGCUGUGGUGAUGUUUGCCAUCCUCUGUGCACUCAUUGUUCUCGGUCGAUACUUUGCCAGACACAAAGGAACUUACUUCACACAUGAAGCCAAAGGGGCGGACGAUGCGGCCGACGCAGACACAGCCAUCAUCAACGCGGAGGGGGGACACAACAACACAGACGAGAAGAAGGAGUAUUAUAUCUAAACUGGACAGGCCAGGAGAGACGGGUGGGGAUGCUGAUGGUGGUGGUGGUGGUGGUGGUGGUGGUGGCGAUGCUGUAGGAGCUUUAUGUCUAACUCCGAGUGGUUACGAGAGGGCUUGAGGGGCGUGUGAGGGCGAGAUUUUUUAAGAGGAAGAGAAGAAAGUGGAAAUUAGGACUGGCAUGGCCGAGUGGUAAGGAGAGGCGUUGCUGAGUCUCCUAUCCGACCCUUCCUGGACUGCCGGGGCCUAUUCUGUACAGUUCAAUUAUUUUACAGACAAUUUUGUGCCUUGUUCUAUUUCUUUUGUUGUUUUGUUCCCCCUUCACAUGCUUGUUGGAUUGGAUUUUUUUUUUUUUUCCUCCAUGUACUCCACCUGAUCCUUUGUUGCUUUUGGCUUUCAGAGGAGAUUAAAUGGGCCUGGUGUUUUUUGUCUAAGUGUGCUGCAGCUAGCUUUUAGCUCAUGUACCCAGAUCUGAGGAGCCAGCUCAUUCACACUUUCCUUUUUUUCUUUUUUAAGUCCAGUAACUGGAACACAGUGUCGACACAUUUCUCCCUGCUGGGUCAAAGUCCAACAGUCCCCCCUUGCUAAUUCAUCACAGGUCUGAUUGGUUUCGACAUUUCAGCGCAGAUUUCACUCAAACCCCCUUCGAGGUCAGGUUCACUGUGUUGAUUACUGAUUUUAACAGUUGUGAGUAAUCAUGCUCAUCAUAGAAUGUAUUUGUUCCUGAAAUUGAAGUAGGAGUUAAGUACCAUUUCACACCAAACCGCAGUACAACUGGUCCUUCGUUCGUGUUCACGAAAACGUCUGGCGAUUAGUAGAUGUGAGGUCAGUUUCAUAUUUAAUUAGGGUGUUGUGGAGUCCAGUCUAAGACAUCCUGACAGCUGUGAUAUGCCAUGAUACAGAGUUUUCUGUGGCAACAAAUCAGAACCACUUGUUCUUUUUUCAAACUCUAUAUCAGGAUUUUUCUGCUGAUUGAGAGGACAACAGGAAAUCAACCAUGGCAGAUAUUGUUUACUGUCAUCUGCUUUCUUUCUUUUUUGUCACUGUUAGUGAAACAUUUGGAUUUUGGGGGGGAAAAAAAUCAAGGAAUAGCACACACAGUUAUUUGCUUUCUAGGCCAGAGUGUGAUAAAGAGACUCAUACCACUCUCAUGUUUGUACGCUAAAUGUGAAACUACAGCCAGCAACCAGGUAGCUUAGCUUAGAUUACUGAGUGAAAACAGGUGGAAACCGCUAGCCUGGCUCUAUUCAAAGGCAUAAAAACCUAAAACUACAAGUGUCAUUACAUAAAACAAGAAGUGAGAAGAUGUGCUUAUAAACAGAUUUUUUUUUAACAUUUGGACAGAGCUAAACUAGUUGCUUCUAGUCUUUAAGCCAAGCAUAGCUAACUUAGUUUCAUGUUUAGUGUGAAGGCUUGCUGUUUUGUCUUGUUAACGGUCUCUAGAGUAAGCUAAGCAAACAUCCUCUGGCUGUAGCUUCAUGUUUAGCAUAAAGGCUAAUGUUUUACCCAUGUUUCAAGACUUUACGCUAAGUUAAACUGAUGUCUGCUGACUUUAGCUUCAUGUUUAGUGUGUGGGCUAACUAUUACCUCUUGCUUACAGUCUCUAUGGUAAGAUAAGCUAAUGUCUGCUGGCUGUAGCUUCAUGUUUAGCAUGUAGGCUGGCUGUUUACCUUAGUUUCCAGUCUUUAUGCUCCGCUAAGCUAACGUCUCAUGGCUGUAGCUGCAUGUUUACCAUCCAGGUCAGCUGUUUCCCCUCGUUUCCAGUCUCAUUGCUAAGCUAAGCUAACAUCCACUGGCUCUAGCUUCAUGUUCAGCGUGCAGACAUGAGAGUGUAUUAAUAUAUUCAGUUAUCUCCCAAUACAUUCUCUGUAUCUUAAAUGAUUUUUUGAAACAUAUUUAGUUUUAGUUUUUUAGUUUUUAUUAUCCAUGGGAUGGAUGGACCAAAAAAACAUGGCAGAAAUGUUGCAUCUAAUAAUUGCAGAGCCUAAAGACCUCCUGUCUGUUGGUUUAAGAGUCAGGCUAUGUGUUUAAACCCUGUAGGAACUAAAAGAGCAACAGGUCCUGCUGCAUUGAUCAUGAAAUCUUAUUAAAAUGUAUUAUUUGUUAGGUAUUGAUACAAUCUACAUGUGAUUUGGGUUGAAACAUAUGUUUCUUCACAUUUUCAUGCCACCCACGCGGUCGACCCUGGACCAAAUGGAAUCAUUAUGCGAGUGCUGAGCAGUCCACAGUCCACUGUGCAGAGUCCUCCUCUCUAAAUAAAAGUCUUUUUUUUUUUUUUUUUUUUUUUUACAAAUCAUACAGUAAAUUACCAUUUAUCUGGAAAUGUUGCAUUUCGUUGGUCAAUUUUAUUUCCCAAGGUGUGUUAGCUUUUUAUUUAACUGUAGUGUGUUAAAGGGAAGAAAGAGUGUACACAUUCAAAGGAAAUGUUUGUUUGAACGUGAAAAAAACACAACAUUUUCCUGGCUUAGAAAUCCUUUCUGCAUGUCCUUUUUUGCCCUUGCCCAUACACGAGUAAAAAGACAUUCAAUCACUGCAAACAUGAAUCAGUUAUACCUCCUUGCUGUCUGUAAAGACGUCUUACCUUUGGGCUGUCUUUGAUAACUUGUAAGGGCUCUCGCCCGUACAAGUUAUCAAAGAUUUGCGUAGUGCUUUUGACUCAGUUUGGGAAAGAUCAUUUUCUCGCCGUUAUCCUGCAGCCUCAAACCUUCACAGAGGAGACGUCUACUGUUACAAAUUUAUUUUUAUUUUUUUUCACCAACACAAAUCAGAAGACCCUCCGCUCGCUCGCAGACAGAGACGCAGUGUGCACAACAUGCAUGCUUCAUGCCUCUCACUCUGUCACGGCUAGAAGAGUAAAAACCUGUUUGGUAAUUAGUGAGUGAUUUCAUUGUAUUGCCUGAAUAAGAAAACAAAAAAAUGUAUAUGUAUUAUGAAAAAGGAUAACCACUGCCUUAAACCCACCUCUUGAUACUUAUCAUUAUAAAGGAAAAGACUGAAGGACUUAAUUUAGUGCCUUCUUUGAUUUUGAGGCAUAUGGUUAGUAUCGUACAGUAUCCUCAUGUACACUCUUACAGUAUAUCUUGUAUAUUUCUGUCCUUUCUAACUUACAGGGCCAAUACUGAUACACGUCGUCUGUAUUCACGCACCGUAGACCUGCAUCACGAUUAAAAAAAAAACAACUGGAAUAAGUUCAAUGUUAAAAAAACAAAACAAAAAAAAAAAA